CAUGACAACCGCAUUGACAGACGUCAAGUGUGACAACUCACUCAUGUUUAUAAAACAGCUGCUUUUUGAGUAAGAAUCAGUUUUAUUUUUUAAAUGGAGACGUCGGACAGUGAAUAUUUCGAGAGUGCGGACGAGGAUUUUCAGUCCGACGACGAAGACACGAAAACGGUUCGGAGUGUGACGAAUGAUGAAACUAGCGAAAAAUGCGUAAAAUCGGCCACAACGCAAUUGAAAAAUGUGGAAAUUGGGGUAGAUGAUAAUAAAAGCAGCGGCAAAUCUAGUGUAGAUAACGUUCGAAAAGACGACGAAAACAACGUGAGUACGUCCAAAGCUAGAAACGAAUCUUCGAAGAAAUUAGGGACUAGAUUAAGCAAAAAAAGUGACAGUGUAGAGAAGCAUGACGAUAUUAAAGUUGUAGAAGCGGAGAGUCGGAAACCUGAUAUUAAUCCAGCGAGUAAGGACACAAUUUCGAACGAAGAAAACCUGUGGGAUGAAAGUGAAGACUGGGGGCACGAGAAAGAGGAAGAAAACAUGUGGGAUAACGACGAGUGGGAAGCCGUUGAUGAGCCAAGCUCGCAACCUGAGGAGAAAGUGCCUCAAAGUAACACAGCUUGGGGCUCUUGGGGUAACUGGGGCGUGUCUUCCAUCCUCACCACUGCCACUCAAAGCGUGUCAAGCAUAACGCAAGGGAUCACCACAGUUCUAGAAACGGGAAUAGGAGUCCCAGAACCAGAAGAACUCGCUCGAAUAAACCAAACCGAAAAGCAAAAGUUGAAAGAACUGUCGCCCGACACCGAAGAUAAAAGCACAGGUUUUGGGUUAAACAACCUAGUGAUGGGUGUCUCUCACUUGACCAAACUAGUAGAAACCACCAGCACGAAAGUAAUUUCUGGCGGCCUCGACACUCUGGAGACCAUAGGCAAAAAAACAAUGGAAGUUCUGCAAGAGGGGGACCCCGGUUUAAAGAAAAAGCGCGCUUUUUUGAAAAUCGACCAAGACAAACCAGUUCUGUCGCAGCUGCUUCGCGAAGCGAAGGAAAAAGCUGAGGAAGAGAACAAGGUUUUGGAGGAGAAACACUUCGCGAAGAAAGCGAAAAAUUACGAGACUUUGUUUGAUGACCAUCAAGGUCUUGUACAUUUAGAAGCCUUAGAAAUGCUUUCCAAACAAUGUGAUAUUAAAUUACAGACGUUAUUAGAGUCGUAUUCUGGUGAAUCUUUGACUGAGAUGCAAGAAACCAUGGAUCAAGUGAAGGAAUUGUGCGAGCUUCCGGAUGAAGACGAGGACGAGCAAACAAGCUGGAGCGAGAUUUUAGAAAAAUUGAAUUCCGCCGUUUCUGAAAUCAAUAUCCCGAUUUCGUACAAGAAACUCGUUGAUACUUGGGAAGAAACCGAGGUUUGGUUGAAUCAUUUGAAAUUGGAAGUGUGCGACGAGAGGGAGUUGCAUCAACAGGCUGUCGAAACACUGGCGCAAUUAACGGCUUUGGCUGUCGAACAGUUCCACAAAGCGGGGGAGUUGUUGUUGGUGAAAGAGCACAGAAGUACGGCUGACGAAGCAGACAGUUUAGUACAGUUGACGACUUCCCUGACUUCCCUAAUCGGCAUCGUGGCGGCAAAAUUUUCCGAAAAAUUGAACGCCAAAAGUUCUAACUCGAAAAAUAAGGAAGCCAUCAAUGGUUUAAUCACGACCGUGUUUUUUGAGGCGGCCAAUAGCAGUUCAUAUAUUCAAGAUGCUUUUCAACUUUUAGUACCGGUACUUCAAGUGGGUGCAGUAUAGUUUUAAGGAUCUAUAACGUAUAACGUGGGUGUACAUAUAUAUAAUUUAUAAAAAUCUUAAGAAUCAUUCAUUGUUCCUUUUAUAUUAUUGUACUUUUCAUCCAAGUAAACACUUUAGACACUA